ACCUCAUCACAUUUUAAGAAAAUUUGAUUAAAUUGCUAACAUGGCUAAAGAAGUGAAACAUCUUGCAUGGAAACUCAACUGCUACAAGGUUAUGACAACAUGUCUACCUCAGUCCCCAACGACCAAUGAGAAGUUUAAACACGGGUCUCCUAAAUCUCCAAGGUCCCCCAGGAUUUCGCCUGAAGGCAAAUACAUAUUUGGAUCAUCCCCGUCAGAGAAUCGGCGCAAAAAGCCCUCCUCCUCGCCCUCAACGCCGACCACUCCCACUCCGCCAUCCACUCCUCGGCUACCGCACACCCCGGCAACAGCACGGAAGAUGCAACAACUGGAUGAAUCUCCCAAGCUCCAACCUGUUCAAUCAAUCAUGCAACAAUCAACGGUCCAGAUACAACAUGCCCCACCACCACCACAACAACAACAACAACAACCACAGCAACGCAUACAACAACAACAACAUCAACCGCAACAACUAAUACAACAUCAGAUGCAACCUCAAACCAUACAGACAAAGUCAAUAUCUAUCAAGAGUGGAGAUGGACUCGUUAGAUAUUCAUUUGAUCUUGAAGUGGAUUAUAUAACAGAGAGAUUAAUUGCCGUGUCUUUCCCUUCUGGUGGUCUUGAGAACCAGUACCGAAGCAACUUACGAGAUGUAGUCCGGAUGCUAAAGAGCAAACACAACAACUGCUACGUGGUCUUUAACCUAUCAAGGAGGAGACAUGAUGUAUCCAAACUAAACCAAGAGGUGCGUGAUUUGGGCUGGCCCAACAUCCUCGCCCCUCCCUUAGAGAGGCUUUGCAGCAUAUGCAAACAGAUUGAGACUUGGAUGAAGGGUAACCUCAACAAUGUUGUGGUGCUACAUUGUAAGGGUGGCAGGGGACCCAUAGGCGUAGUGGUAUCAGCCUUUAUGAACUAUCUGAGCAUCACUUCAGGAAAUGAUUCGACCAUGGAUCGUCAUGCCAUGAAGCGUUUCUUGGAUGCCAAAGGUUGGGGCAGCAUGCACCCAUCUCAGAUGAGGUAUAUUGAUUACUUCUCUGGGCUUUUAACCAACUCCAUCCAGAUUAACAGCUCACCCCUCUUUCUUCAUCAUGCUGUCAUCCAUGGGGUGCCUAACUAUGAUUCUAAUGGAGGUUGUCGUCCUUUCUUGAGGGUUUAUCAAGGCAUGAGUCCUGUGUACACAUCUGGUGUCUACACUGUGCCUGAAGGAACUAGUCGGUUUGUGAUCACGCCUGGUAGAGCAAUUCCUCUUAGAGGAGAUAUCCUGCUAAAGUGUUACCAUAAGAAAUUCAGGUCGACAACUCGAGACACAAUCUUCAGAUGUCAGUUUCAUACAACAGCAGUGAUGGAGUAUAGAUUAGUCUUCCAAAAACAGGAACUAGAUGAUGCCUGUACAGAUGCUAGAUUCCCUGAGUUCACCAAGGUGGAACUGAUCUUCUCCUCCACUCCCGAUGCCCUCCAUGGGAGUGACUAUGUCUCAGGAGCUAGCUUCCCGUCUGAACACAUUGAUGAUCCAUUAAUCAGAUGGGAUUCGUAUGAACACUUCAAUGACAUCAUUGAAGGACCUGAAGAUGGAGGCCCUGAUCUCAAUGAAACAUCAGGUAACAACAACAACAACAUGAUCCUGGAUAUCCCUCACUCCUCGGCUCCAGAUGGAAGCCUCUAUGCCCAGGUCAAGAAAACACCCUCACCGGAGCAGUCUCCGGUCAUCCCCAGACUGACCAAUGGGGAUAGCAAUGCCCCACUGCCUUAUGUCCUCUCCCCCGACAGAGCCCCUCAGGUCCACACCUCCAAGGAUGGAGGCAAGAGAAACAUGGACUACCGGGAGAGAAUGGCCCUGGAUGAACUGCUCAAAGGCAUCACUGGGGAGGAUACAGAUGGAGGAAUUGUGGUGAACAACAAUAUUCAAUGGAAGGCACCACCAUCCCCUGAUAACAAGGUUCUCCAUCAUGAUCCUGUCCACACAAGGCGCAUUGUUAGUGUGAGUGAGGAUCUCCGCCAUGCUCCGGUUUCCCAAUCCAAACCCAAACCGCCACCACCAGUCCAGGAGGAUAUCAAAGAAGAAGCUGCUGGCCAGGAGAACUCUUCGCCCUCCAAGAAACCAGCAUCUAGGAAGGAGUCCAGUGAAGCCGAGAACCCAUACGCAGAGAUUACAGACGCCAUGCAGCAGAAGCUUCAGCAGAACCCCAACACCAACCAGAGUGGUCCACAACAGGAGAGGAUCCAGCAGGAGGUGGUCCAACAGGAAAUGAUCACACCUGUUCUUGUGACGAAUAAGGAGCAAUCCGCACCACCAAUGAUGAAUGGAGGCAUUAGUGUGCCACGUUCUGUGGAGCAGCACAAUCCCACGUAUGAGAUCACGCCAAAGGGAUCAAACCAUCGGACAAUGCAGAAUGGUCCUGUGAGUCAGAAUGGACGGGUGGUUCAAAAUGGACCAAUGGUUCAGAAUGGACAAGUGAAUUUAAACCCAGGACAGGUGAACCUCAACCCAGGACAAAUCAAUGUUCCCAAUGGACCGACACCUAUGACAUAUAACCAGAUAGGUCACAAUGCUAGUCCAGCCCAACCGUAUGUAGCACAGAUGAAUGGGCCGGUGGAGACCCCUAUCGUACCCAACUCUGUUAGUAGGGUGACAGAAAGGACUCCUUAUGCAAGUAGAUUAGAAAAUGGCCCAACAUCUCCUGUGCAUACCAAGUAUGAGGCGCGUCCUGUGAAAGCAAGAGAGGAUAGGUUUCAACUCCUAAGGAAAGGCCCUAAUGCACCCGAACAAUACCAGCCAUCCCCUCCAUCCCCUGCGCAGGUUAGCCCUGUCAGUCCUACCAAUAAUGGUGACGAUGAUGGGCUUGGCUGGCUCAGGAGGCAGCAGGAUAAACUUCGUGAAAAGCGGGAGAGGGAACAAGGAAGACCUAUUGUGAGAGAAUCCCCAGGAGAACCUAUCAGAGUCACGCCUGUCAAUGCAUCUCCAAAGUUACGUGUUCGUUUUGAGGGUGACGUCGAGCCGGCACCCCCUAUGGUGUCCCCACCACUGUCCGCCAAGAGGGAAGAGCCACCGUCUUGGCUUGCGCAACAACAGCAGAAGUUGCAGGAUCGUCAAGGUAACAACAUCACUCCUAUCAACCAGGCUCCAGUGGUGGCCACAGAAGUAACACCAGUGCAGAAUGCAAUGUCUCCUGCACCUGAUCACCUGCUGAUGACUGGCACUCAGGAUGGUGGCGUGUCUUUGAGACGGGGUGUGUCACCUCCCCCUCUCUCUAUUUCAAAAGACUUGGAGCAAUCCAUUAGCGAGCUUGGGCAAAUGAACACUGCCAAGCCAGCCCAGAGCUACGUUCAGCGGACUGUCACCACCACCACCACCCGAGAAUGGGAGCCCCAUGAGAGACCACUCAACAGGCAGCUAUCUGAUCUGACCCACGAUAGGGUUCGUGACCCUGUUUACCAGAGACCUGCUGAUGAUCAGUCACCAAAGGUCCCUGCUACACCUUCUACGCCUUAUGAUCCAGUUCCUCCCAUUCUUACCAAUUCACAACUGAGGAACGAUGGGAGAGAAGAGAUAGAGCACUGGAAUAAUUACGGGUAUAGCUAUAACAGCAAUUCUAUGCAACAGACUGGUCAAACUUUGCCAGGCCCUUCUGCAUCACAGAGGUUCUUUCCAACCAGUCCUAUGCAACCCAAGGAUGGCGAAAAGAGUCCAGUGGGUCGUCAUUUUCAUCUUCCAGAGUCGCGAUUGCCCGACAAUCCACCUUAUAAUCAGCAGCCGGCUCGGACUGAGCGAAAUGUGCGGACGUUAAACAAACAAACCCUGCAUGUGGAGGCGACUAACCCAUCACAAAGUGUGACCCUUAACACAACCCAUCCCCCUCUCUCCUCCAUGCAUGGAAGCACCCCUUCAUACAACAAAGAUGGGCGAGUCUUCACCCGUAGUGUGAGCAACUCUGGCCUUGAUGAACUCCUUGAGACUAAUAAUAACAACUCUACUACUAACGAGGAUCCCUUCAGUAAUCUUGAUGAUGCUGUCAAGAUGCUAUCUCACUGGAGUAAUGAAAUCCAGAAACUCAGUGCCCCUUACAAUUCAUCAUCGAUUGAUGCUAACCAUAACACGCAUGCCUCACUAGACAACCGUGCCAUCCUUUCUCACCAUCAACUCAACAACAACAACCAAUCAGAUGACAGGAUUAACCGAACUCACUUUCAAACCCACCAAUCCAGUGGUGGGUACCAUAACACAUCUCAAACAUUGACCAAUCACAGACCUCAGGCUACAUCCACACCUAGAAAGAACUUUGAUGAAGUUGAUCUGCACAUUGAUGAACCAACAGAGGUAGACAACAUACCAAGAGGGGUGGUGGCCGACAGAUCGCCAAAUUUUGUUGAUAGGACCCCUCCAGCAACCCAGUCCCGGCCUCCACGCCGCACCAACUCUCAGUCAGGUUAUGAUUCUGAUACCGGUAUCCAGCAGUACUACCGUCCCCCUCGCAGGCGCAACCUAAUCGACCCCGGUGCAGAGGUUUGGCUACAGAACCCCGGUGGACUUCCAAGGAAGGAGAGUGAAUUUUGGAACCGGAAGGACGGACUCAAGUCUCCGGAGCCUCCCAAGGAGUACGACCUGAGCUCGUCUACCGAGAGCAUCUCUGGUUCCAAGACACCCAAGUUCCCUGUUGGGCCCCGGGCCUAUGCCAACAUGACCAAGACCUUUAUCGUAAAGACUGGAGCGCCACCCCAUGGUGAGAAAGGGAAAGUCUUGCCGCCUGUACUGCAUGCUGACUAUCACCUUGGUCCAGACCAGCCACUCCCCCUGCAGCGGACCAUGCAGCGACAAGACAGCUUUGAAAUCCCGCCCGUGCCUGAACCUGCGGCACGCCCCGCACCCACGGCUGAGGUACAUGCCCCACCCCGUCAACCGGCACCUGUUCCUGUGACGGAGCCUGCCAGGGAGAUCCAACCCACCCAGCCAAUGUUCUCAGAGACAAGGGUAAUUACUGUGGAGAAUAGGACAGAGCCUAGCAGACAGCCUAUGGAAUGGACCCCUACUCCACCGGCUCCUCCUAGCCAAGAGCAGAGGUACUACACACCCACACCAACCAGGCCUACUCCUGCAGAUGACGAGUCUUUCAGGCAACUGGAAUACCUGGAGAGUGAGCCAUGGCUGGGACGCAAGCCCAUCAUUCAUUCUCCCCCUCAUCGUCCCAAUGCACCAGUUGAGGUACAGCCCUGGAUACCACCUGUUGUCACCACCACCAUGUCCACUACCGGUCCUGUACAGACGGUAACCAAUGGUGUUCCUCAGACGGUAACCACCACCCAGUGGAGACGGGAGGUCACUCAUCAACAACAGCCCAUUGAGAUUACACCUAUCACUAGGGAGGUUACAGAAGAUGUGGAAGCCAGGAAACCAAGAAAUAUUCUCGACCCUCCUCCAAGUCUUCUUGAAGAUGUGGUGGAACCACCAACAGUAUCUCCGGUUGUGGAAGCCAGAUUCACACCUCGCUAUGUACGGGAAGUCAAUGCUGCUCCCCCACCAUCAGCGCCACUCCCCCCAGCAACCACCCCACCCCAACCCAGUGUGGUACAGUACCAGGAGCAGCCACCUCGCUCCAGGGCCAUGGAGCCACCUAUCACGGAGGUGCGGCUCCAUCCGGUGGAGCUUGGACCUAUCCAGGUGGUUCCUGUCGAGACUCAGGUCAUCAUAGAUAGGAAGGAGCAAUACCCGGGUCAAGAUGCCAGGCAGCAAGCUGCACCUGUUCAUUCUCCGGUUACCAGUCAACAGUACCAGGCUCCAUCAUCACAGCCUCACCAAGGGACCGUCACACCCCCUCCAACAUAUGGUACAGUCAUGGCCAGAUCUCCAUCACCUACCUUUGGUAUUGUGAAAACCUCUGCCCCUCAAGCAUCUCACGGUUUCGUCCAGAACUCACCAUCAUCACCUGUGUCCUAUGUCACUGCCCCGCCCGCCUCAGCACCAUCUUCUUACUCUACGGUUCAGCCGGUCUCACCCCCGAUGUCGUAUGGAACAGUCCAGAGCACUCCACAGAGGGGGGUGAUGACUGGCCCUGGUCAGGAACCUUCCAUUAUUCACCAGAGGGUGGAGGUGCGGGAGAUCACCCAGACGGAGAGUGUGCCUGUGUCACAGACCCUUCAGCAGCAGCAACCGCAUCAGCAGCCAUUACAGCAGCACCAAGAACCACCAAUCCUGCAGCAGACCCAACAGCAGGUUCAACAAGACAUACCGUCAGAGCAAGCACCAGUGUCACCAGAGCAGCCAUCGGCAACCCUAAACGAGCGCCUGCUCAACCAGCCUAAACCACCGGUGCAGUACCCGACGUUCAGCGAUAGACAUCGUAAGGCUGCUAAGGGGCCUGUUGAUGACUCUCUUCCUAAUGGUGGUGCAGGAUACAGGACCAUCUAUGAUAACAGGAGACAGAGGUCUUCACUUGGCAAUGAGGGGCAGUUACCGAGUCCGGGCGGAUUAUCGGGAAAAGGGGUUCUCAACGGAAGCACGACACCGCCAACGCUUAGUGGAAGAAGCACGCCCUCAAAUUUCUACUACACACAGAAGUUGUCACCCUAUGGCAGUUCAAGUUCAUUAGCAGAUCCGAGCGUAGAACAUGUUCGUUUCGUCAAGGAUCUUUCGGCGUGGUGGUACAAACCCAACAUAUCAAGGGACGAUGCAAUCAACAUUUUGAAGGACAAACCUCCUGGGACGUUCAUCGUGAGAGACAGCAAUUCCUUCCCAGGGGCAUUUGGUUUAGCACUGAAAGUAGCACAGGUACCAGCUAACACAACACCAAGAAAAGGCGGUGAUCCACAGAGCGAAUUGGUGAGGCAUUUCUUGAUCGAGCCCAACGCCCGAGGGGUGAGGCUCAAAGGAUGCGUCAAUGAGCCCAUCUUCAGUAGCUUAUCAGCACUGAUCUACCAGCACACACUGACACAGCUCGCCUUGCCGAUCAAGCUUGUCUUACCGGAUAUGGGUGGUAGAUACUCUUCAGCAUCUAAUGAUUAUCCAUCAGGUGCUGAUGCUACUGAUGCAGGUCUGGAUCCCAAGUCAGCAGCAUCGUUAUUACAGCAGGGAGCAGCGUGCAAAGUGUUGUACAUCGACAGCGUUGACAUGGAAUCCUUGACAGGGACAGAGGCUAUACGGGAAGGCUUGACCAAGACGUUGACUGCCAAGAAGAAACCUGAGGCUGUUGUCGUCCACUUCAAGGUGUCCUCUAAAGGAAUCACCCUCACAGACACACAGAGAAAAUUAUUCUUCAGAAAGCACUACCCAGUCAAGUCAAUCCUCUUCUGUGGAAUGGACCCACUCACAAGAAAAUACCCAAGGAAAGAAGGCCAAGAAGUAGCUGAUGCAAAAAUCUUUGGAUUUGUUGCCCGCAAGCCAGGCAGCCUGACAGACAACCAGUGCCAUCUCUUUGCCGAUUGGGAGGUCGAACAGCCCGCCUCCGCCAUUGUUAGUUUUGUUACCAAGGUGAUGCUUGGCUCCGCCUCCAAAUCAUCAGUCAAGACACCCUGAGCAUAGAGACAAAAGAUGAGAGAAGUGCACAGACGAUGAACUCUGCUUCUCCUAACAUGAACUGUAGAGGGAGCCAGUCAAAUGCAAAUGCAUGCAUGAAUUGGGUCUCAUUGCAUGCUGUAUAUCAUCAUAUCUUAACAGCUUUACAACCGAUUUCAUUGAUAAAAAUGAAUCAACAUGCAGCUUGAACCUGUCAGAUGUUUUCAUUUUAUGAUAAGUCAGUAAAAGUCAUUCAGCGAAAAAUUGUUUUAUCAUGUUUUUAAAACUAUUUGGCUCCUCUUCACAGGAGAAAGAAAGGAAAUGAUUCAGUGAAUUUAAAAGUUUUGAUAUGGAAUGAAUUUAAUUGCCUUGAUUCUGUAAAUGAAAUAAAUUUGGAGCGCUAUUUUUCAUGCUCUCUGAUUUGUACAGUUUUUAUGAAAUUUACAAUUGAGAAAUUUUUGUCUUAGUAUUUAUUGACAGUAUUGCAAGCUUUUCUAGAAAAAAAAUACAGAGAAUUUUCUUUAUUUUUGUGUAAAAAUGAGUGAUAAUUUUAAAGAGGAGUAUGUCUAAUUAUGAUUGAUCAAUUUGUGGAUAGGGACUUUUGAAUAUUCAUAUGAGCCUUUGAUAUUAAGCCUUUCACACAAUCAGUCACAUGUGAACAGUAUGAAACUCAAAUUGGACGAAAUAACUAAGGAGCCUGUUCCCAUUGGUAUGUAAAGAUAUGCCACCAACUCACUUUCUAUCAGCUGUGCACAACCCCUCAUAUUCCCCUCGGCAAGCUUUCAGUGGAACCUGUCUAUAUAAACCACAGGCAAGGAAAGCAGUAUUUUUCUUGGUAGCUAAUUGGUCUUUAUUUGGCAGGUUCCAUUAAUCCAUUCAGAAAGCACGGUGUAAUUCACUGGUCUUUCUUAAUAUGCAAUCGCUUGAGAAGAAUCCAAUGAAUUAAUUUACUUCUAGUUCACAAAGUGUAUGAUAUAUGAUUAAACGUGAUUGUCCUUAAAAAUGGUCAACUCAAUAGUAAACACAACAACAACCCAAAACAGCAAAUUUCUUAUUCUAGGGGCAAACUUGGGUUGUACUUGCAGAAAGCAAAUCCUGACUGUGGGGCCCAGACUUAUAGACUGUUAUAUGUGAAUUUUGCAUGUCAACUUUUUUCUAUAAAUGUUGAACAGUUUGAAACAAAAGUAACUAGUACCAAGAAAGCAAGCAAACCGACUGUAAAGUACAGUUGUAUGGGGCAAUUAAAAGAGGCUAUGUAUAUUAUAGUGUUUUUAAGAGUGGAUUUUUUUCUUUCAUAAAAAAUAAAGAAAUUUUGACCUGUAAAUUAGAAUCCCUAAAAAAAAUAUUGCAUGACUCUAUAUCGAUGUGAUUUUAUAUGAGAAUGUUUUAAUGUUGAAUGUUUUCUUGCU